GUGAACAGUUACUUGUACUACUUUUUUGCGUGUCGUCUUCAUUGAAAAAGAUCAAAAGAUAAUUUUCCCAAAUUUUCCUCUAAUUAAAAAGGUGUUCGAAAUUUUGUGACAAUGGCAGACUUUUUACAUUCAGAAGCAGAAGAGAGUGAUGAUGAGGAUGAAUUGGAUCCAACGGAGAGGAAGAAACUUAAAAAACUUAAGGCAAUGGAAGAGAGCGAUGAGGAAGACGAAGACGAUGAAGAUCGUUUGAGAGAAGAAUUAAAAGAUUUGAUUGAUGACAAUCCAAUCGAGGAAGACGACAGUGACGGAGAGGACAGCGAUGGUUCGAAAAAGCGCAAAAAAAGUGACGAGGAAGAUUUUGAUGAUCGUCUUGAAGAUGAUGAUUAUGAUCUCAUUGAGGAAAAUCUUGGCGUUAAAGUCGAGAGGAAACGAUUCAAACGUCUUCGAAAAAUUGAAGACGAAGAAUCUGAAGAAGAACAGGAACACGAAGUGGAAGAAGAGAGAGACGCAAUUGCAAAUCAAUUAUUCGAAGGUUCAGGAGAUGAACGUGACGUACUGGAGGACGAAAGGAGUGAAAGAAGUCAUAGACCGGAAAUAGAAACUUUUGAUGAGGAAGGUAGUGAGGGAGAAUAUUCAGAAGACGAUUUUAUUGUCGAUGAUGACGGUCGACCAAUAGCUGAGAAAAGGAAGAAGAAAAAACAUAUCUUUUCAGAUGCAGCUCUUCAAGAGGCGCAGGAUAUUUUUGGUGUUGAUUUCGAUUACGACGAGUUUGACAAAUACGGAGAAGAAGAUUACGAGGAGGAAGAAGACGAAGAGGAAGAUGAUUACGUUGAUGAAGAGGCUGAUAUUGACAAACCCAAGAGACCGAAGAAACAACUGAAAAAGAAGACUACGAAAAAGAGUAUUUUUGAAAUUUACGAACCCUGCGAACUCAAGCGUGGACAUUUCACGGAUCUUGACAACGAAGUUCGAACAACAGACAUACCAGAGAGAAUACAACUUCGUUCAGUGCCAAUGACACCAGUGCCGGAAGGUUCCGAUGAAUUGGAUCUCGAGGCAAAAUGGAUUUACGAACAAGCAUUUCAUCGGCCAACAAUUUCAGUUCAAGAUUCGCAUUUGAAUGCCGAAGCAAAAGAGAGAGCCAACAAACCACCGCAUACAAUAGAAAAGAUCAAAAAGGCCCUGGACUUUAUGCGAAAUCAAUAUUUCGAAGUGCCUUUUAUUUCCUUCUAUCGUAAAGAAUACGUUUUGCCUGAAUUGAAUAUAAACGAUUUGUGGAAAGUUUAUAAAUUCGAUGCAAAAUGGUGUCAACUUCGUCAACGAAAGGAAAAUCUUUUGAAACUUUUUGAAAAAAUGAAAAAUUUCCAACUUGAGGAAAUAAUGAAAAAUCCCGAUGCACCAUUGCCGGAAAAUCUGCGAGUUAUUAAAGACGAGGACGUUGAACGAUUGAAAAAUGCACAAACAAGUGAAGAGCUCAAUGAUAUUUAUCAUCAUUUUAUUUUAUAUUACAAUCAUGAAAUUCCGGUGAUGCAGGAAGCAGUGAGGCAGAAGGAGAGAGAGGCAAGAAAAGAGGCGAAACGACAAAAACGUAAGCAAUUGAUACUUGAGGCUGAGGAAAAUGGUGAGGAAGCACCGCCUGAGGAAGAUGAGGAGGAGGAAGAGGAGGAUAAUUCUGAUGAGAUUUUGAAAAAAGCCGCUCGCACUGGUCCUUAUGAGAUUUGUCGUAAAGCUGGAUUGGAAAGUUUGGCGAAAAAAUUUGGACUUUCGCCGGAGAAUUUUGCUGAAAAUUUACGAGACAAUUAUCAACGACACGAAGUCGAUCAAGAACCAAUGGAACCAAUUGGUCUUGCCGAAGAAUUUAUUGGUCAGAAAUUUAAGAAUUCCGACGAAGUUUUAAAAGCCGCACAAUUAAUGGUGGCAUUUCAAUUGGCGCGCGAACCACUUGUGCGAAAAUGUGUGCGCGACAUUUAUAUGGAGAGAGCAAAAAUAUCAAUACGACCAACAAAGAAGGGAAUGAAGGAAAUCGAUGAGAAUCAUCCAAUUUUCUCGAUGAAAUAUCUGAAAAAUAAACCCGUACGCGAUCUGAUUGGUGAUCAUUUUUUAAAAUUAAUUAUCGCCGAGGAAGAUAAGCUGAUUACCAUUUCAUUCAGUAAUUCCAUUGAGGGCAAUACGAGCGCAAAUUUUAUUGAGGAAAUGAAACAACUUUAUUAUAGAGAUGAGUUCAGUAAAAAUGUUCAAGACUGGAAUGCACUACGAGUUGGCAGUGUGGAAAUGGCUCUUAUGAAAAUGGUGAUCCCGGACCUAAAGAAGGAAUUACGUGCAAAUUUGCUCGCCGAGGCAAAAGAAUGCGUGAUGAGAUCGUGCUGUCGAAAAAUGUACAACUGGCUGAAAGUAUCACCCUACACUUGUGAAUUUCCCGAAGAAGAUGACGAGGAAUGGGACACAAGUCGAGGAUUACGUGUUAUGGGACUCUCCUACGUUCCCGAUUAUUCACAAUCGGCAUUUGCUUGCAUUAUCUCACCGGAUGGCGAGUGUACCGAUCAUCUACGUCUUCCUCAUCUUCUCAAGCGGAAAAAUAGUUUCCGCCGCGACGAGAAAGUCAUGAAGGAGGCAGAUCUAUUGGCAAUUCGAAAUUUUAUCGCCACCAAGAAACCACAGUUAAUUGUCAUUGGUGGCGAGUCGAGGGAGGCUUUAAUGAUUCAAGCUGAUGUUAAGGAAAUUAUCACAAAUCUCGUUGAGGAAGAACAAUUUCCCGCUGUUCAGGUGGAAAUCUGCGAGAAUGAUUUGGCGAAAAUUUACGCAAAUAGUAAUAAAGGAAUCGCUGAGUUUCGUGAUUAUCCCGAACUAUUGAGACAGGCAAUUUCAUUGUCGCGAAGAAUGCAGGAUCCAUUGGUGGAAUUUUCGCAAUUAUGCACCGCUGAUGAGGAGAUACUUUGUCUCAAGUUUCAUCCAUUGCAGGAUCAAUUGCUUCAGGAUGAGUUGUUGGAGAAUAUUUAUCUUGAAUUUGUGAAUCGUGUGAAUGAAGUUGGAGUGGAUAUUAGCAAAGCUGUGCAACAGGCGUACUGUGGGAAUUUGGUGCAAUUUGUCUGCGGGCUGGGUCAGAGAAAGGGACAGGCUUUGAUUAAAAUUUUGAAGCAGACGAAUCAGAGAUUGGAGAAUAGAACGCAAUUGGUCACUGCUUGUCAUAUGGGACCAAAGGUGUUUAUUAAUUGCGCGGGAUUUAUUAAAAUUGAUACAAAUAGUCUUGGUGAUAGUACGGAGGCUUAUGUUGAGGUUCUCGAUGGAUCGAGAGUUCAUCCGGAGACUUAUGAGUGGGCGAGGAAAAUGGCGGUCGAUGCGCUCGAGUACGACGACGAGGAUGCGAAUCCAGCGGGAGCUUUGGAGGAGAUUUUGGAGUCGCCGGAGAAAUUGAAGGACUUGGAUCUCGAUGCAUUUGCGGAGGAAUUAGAGAGACAGGGUUUUGGAAAUAAACGUGUGACACUUUAUGAUAUCAGAGCGGAAUUGAAUAGUCGAUACAAGGAUCUAAGAGUUGUUUAUCAAUCGCCGAAUCCGGAGAAACUCUUCGAUAUGCUCACCAAGGAGACGCUGGAAACAUUCUACGAGGGGAAAUUGAUUUUAGCGACUGUCGUUGGGAUUAGUCGUAGAAAACCACAAGGAGAUCAACUCGAUCAGGCGAAUCCGGUGAGGAAUGACGAGACAGGGCUCUGGCAGUGUCCGUUUUGUUUGAAGAACGAUUUUCCCGAAUUGUCCGAGGUGUGGAAUCAUUUUGACGCUGGAUCUUGUCCUGGCAAAGCAAUUGGAAUUCGACUGCGAUUGGACAAUGGAAUUUCGGGCUAUAUUCAUAUUAAAAAUCUGUCUGAUAAGCACGUCGCCAAUCCGGAGGAGAGAGUUGGACUGGGGCAGAUUAUUCACUGUAGAAUUAUCAAAAUUGAAGUGGAAAAAUUCGGUGUUGAGUGCACGAGUAAAAGCAGCGAUCUUUCGGAUAAAAAGAAUGAAUUCAGGCCUCAGAAGGAUCCUUUUUAUGACACCGAUUCUGAGGAGAAAGAUCGUCAGGUCGAGGAGGACGCGAAAAAAGUGAAACAACGACAAACUUACGUGAAGCGCGUUAUUGUUCAUCCAUCUUUUCACAAUAUUAGUUUCUCGGAAUCGGAGAAACUUUUGCAGAGUAUGAAGCAGGGAGACGCGAUUAUCAGACCGAGUAGCAAAGGUGCUGAUCAUUUGACAGUGACGUGGAAGGUGACCGAUGGAGUUCAUCAGCAUAUCGACGUGCGUGAAGAGGGCAAAGAAAAUGCAUUUUCCCUGGGUCAUCGAUUGUGGAUUGGCGGUGAGGAAUUUGAGGAUCUUGAUGAAAUCCUCGCUCGACAUAUAAAUCCAAUGGCUGCUUAUGCUUCCGAACUACUUGAAUUCAAAUACUAUAAAGCAAGUGUCAAUGGAAUUAAGGACAAAGCCGAGGAAUUGCUCAAGACCCAGAAGAAGGAGAAUCCUGGCGGCAUUCCUUACAUUAUUUCAGCAGCUAAAAAUAUUCCGGGAAAAUUUCUCCUUUCCUACUUGCCACGAGUUCAAUGUCGUCAUGAAUAUGUGACAGUUUCGCCAGAGGGUUUUCGAUUUCGUGGACAAAUGUUCAGCAAAGUGGCUGAUUUAUUGAAAUGGUUCAAGGAACAUUUCCGAGAUCCGCUACCAGGGCAAGCGACUCCGAGCACUCCGAGAGGAAUGAUGUCGACUAGAACUCCGUACCAUACACCAGGAGGUGUUAAUCAAGAGGCGAUUCAGAGAGUGGCUCAAAAUAUGCCGCAACAUAUUUUAAGUUCGUUGUCGCAGGUUGCGAAUCAGAAGAUGUACCAGCCACACACUCCUGGUGCUGCGGGCUACAGUGGCAUUCACACUUAUCCAAAUACGCCUUACACUCCAUCGGGUCAAACCCCCUUCCAAGCAAUGACGCCUUAUCGAACGCCACAAACUCCAUUUUUGCAACCAGCACCGGUUUCGAUCCAACCAAUCCACCACAGUAGCCCCAGUCUCUCGAGACCAACGCCGCCUCCUUCUAAUGCUCCUUCCGGAAAUAAUAUGGAUUGGAAAAAAGCUGCCAUGGCCUGGGCUCGUCAGGCCGGUUCCAAUAAAUCUUCUGGCAAUACUCCAAGAUUCGAUGAAGAUCGUCGAACUCCACGUCGCUAUGAAAAUGAAGACAAUCGUCACUUCGACAUGGGCGACAAUACAUUCACAAAAGGAUUGUCACGUGACAAUACACCGAAACAAUCGUUUGAUGAUAAUAAUUCAUUUUCUUCUAGGGACAAGACUCCAACGUACUCAUCAUCGGGCUCAUUCCGAGGAAAAUCACCGUCGUAUUCAAUGAAUCAACGGGGAAAAUCACCAUCACUGUCAAGUACAUCAAGAGGUAAAUCGCCAUCAUACUCGCGUAAUAAAUCGCCAAAAUAUAAGCAAAGUCCGCGAAGUCGUGGUGGUGGUGGCGGCGGUGGUGGGAAAUUUAAUGCAAAUACAUCGCGUGACAAAAGUCCAUCUUAUGAUGAUAAUCCAUUUACAAUUGGCUCGUCGAGAGAUCGACAGAGAGAUGAUGAUCAAGAGAAGGACGAUAAUCCAUUUACAAUUGGCUCGACUCGUGAGAAAAUGAGAACUCCGUCGUAUAAAUCGCCACGAAACAGUACUCCGUUCACGAAUUCUAGUCCGAGGAGUAUGUCAUUGAGUGGCGAUGGAACGCCACUUUACGACGAAAGCUAACAACAUCGUUCUUUCAUAUUAUAUCGUUCUUUAUAGUUUAGGCGUUGUUUAAUCAAACAAAAUAGAGAAAAUUUUUUGCCUUUCGGUACUCUAAAUAUUAUAACAGAAUUGCUUGAACAAAAAAAGCGAGGGAAAAAGAAGUUUUUUAAGAGGCUUUUUCUCAAGUUCUUUAAGGUACCAACUUGAUUGGCGAGGUUUUUCUGUUAAUAGUCUUUAACAAAAAGAUUUUUUAGUACCAGGCCUCGGAUAUUAUGACUUUUUAGAUUCUUUUUCCAACCAUUUUCAAAAAGAGCGACUUUUUUCGAUAUAUUUCCCCAAAAUUGCGACUUUUCGACUUUUCUUCCAAAUAUUGCAACAAAAUACCAAAUUUUUGGUAUAAUUUGCAAAAUUUUUCGAUUUUUACAGUAUGAAAAAUAACUGUAGACAAAUCUUUCGAAAAUUAUUUUUGAAUAAUUUUUCUAACUGAAUGUUCCAAAUAUUCAAUUUAAAAGAUUU